AUAUCUUAUCCCGCUAAUAUAAACAAUAAUGUUGUUGAACUAAGGCAGGGUUAAAGGCUAUAUUUUUAUUAAUAUCAACUUAAUAAUAGUUUGACAAACGCAAUUAUUCAGUUACAAUUAAAAAGUUGAUGUACCCAGUUUAGUAUUUGGAAUUUAAAAGCUCAAAUUACAGUUAAAAAUGCCUCCCAGAUCGACUUUUAUUCCAAAAUCAUCUUUGAAUAUUAAACCAGUGGCUACUAGGGACAAUGGACUGAUUUUAUCAAGUGAUCGUUGGUUGGAGGAAAAGAAAGACAUUGAAGGAGCAGAAGGUUUUUGGAGAGUACAUGAUGGGAUUUACGAUUUGACGGCUUUUGUUGAAAAGCAUCCUGGUGGAGCAGAAUGGUUAAAUUUAACAAAGGGGACCGACAUAACGGAAGCAUUCGAAGUUCAUCAUUUAACAGAUCUGCCCAAAGAGAUGCUUCAAAAAUACUUCGUUAAAAAAGCCAAAACUAAACGAAACUCGCCCUACACAUUUGAAGAAGAUGGUUUUUACAAAACUUUAAGAAGAGAAAUUCAGCCAGUUCUAAAAGUUGUUCCCAAACAAUCUUACAAUAAUACUAACUUUUUUACUGAUACGUUGAUGGUAUUAACUUUUAUUUUUUCCACUUUUGCUUUGAAACAUUGGAGUUUUACGAUGGGAACAAUAGGGGGACUAUUGUUAGGAAUGCUUACGGUAGCUGCUCACAAUUAUUUACAUAUGAGGGAUAAUUUAAGGAUGUAUUACAGUCAGUUUUCAUUGUUUCAAGUCAGAGAUUGGAGAAUAAGUCAUAUUUUAAGCCAUCAUUUGUAUACCAAUACAAUUAACGAUUUGGAAAUUUCUAUGUUUGAGCCUGUUUUGCAGUAUUUGCCAAUAGAGAAGAAACCAUUACAAAAAAUGUCAUCCGUAUUAUUAGCACCACUCAUAUGGAUUACGUUUUUCCAUACUUCGCUAAUCAGAAGGUUAAUCGAUGCACCGAAGUACAAUUAUCAAAAUGUUAAACUUACGGAUUUGUCUACUUUUAUUUUACCGAUAUUUAUGUAUAUUUUUGGAGGACAAUCAUUUUCUUCCUGUUUGGUUAUGUGGAACUUUGUUAUUUUUGUUGGAUCCUUCUACCUUGGUUAUGUUGGUCUAAAUGCUGGUCAUCACCAUCCAGAAGUUUUUCAUGAUGGCGAUACACCUAGAUCCGACAAUUUCGACUGGGGCAUUGGUCAACUCGAUGCUUUAUUGGAUCGUAAUGAAAUUACGGGUUCUCAUUUUUUGGUUCUAACUAACUUUGGUGAUCACGCUCUUCACCACUUCUUCCCUACUUUGGAUCACGGAACGUUGGAGCAUCUCUAUCCGGUAUUCAAGAAAGUAUGUAAACAAUUCGAUGUUGAUUUGAGAACGGUUUCGUUAUUGGAGACAACCAAAGGAAGUUUUCAGCAAUUGAUCAGAACAACUCCCAAUCCGAGCCCCACAAAUUUGAAGAAAUUUUCAAAAGAUUAGUUAAUUUUUAUAUUUAGAAUUAAUUUGCACUAUGAUUGCCGAGGGAUAAACCGCUGGAAAAAUGUUGUACACUAGUACAAUAGUAAGUAAAUAGUACAUAAUUAUAAAUAUUACUGAAAUAGUACACAAACUGGACCAGAUACUGCAAAAUAGUUCACAUACAGUACACAAAUACUAUAGUACAGCAAGUACAGAAAUAUUACACAUAAUAUACAGAUAGAAAACAUAGCACAGAUUGCUUGUGUACCAUAGUACAGCAGCGGUUUACCUCUCGACGGUUUCAAUCUCGAUAGGCUUUCGGUUCCCUCUCGAACCGAUAAAAUAUUCUUACACAUAAAACAAUGGGCAUAUUCACACGCUCGUUGUCACUUGGUUGCCGAUUUCAUAAUACUCCAAUAAUACCGAAAUAUCUUUAAGAAUAUUUUAUCGGAACGAGAUCGGACUUGUCACACUUAGCACACAAUAGUAUAAAUACAUUUUUGAAAAAAAAAAAAACAGAAAACACACUAGAAUGGAGUGAUAAGUUGAACAAAUAAUGUAAAGGUUUUAAAAAGUAAUUGUAGAAUUUUUUAUGAAAAAUAAAGCACUGGAUCGAGUUAUUUUACUGAGGCUGCCCUACCUAUGGGGCCUCUUUAUGGCAUUUGUGACGACGAAAACAUUUUCUAACCCCUACUAUUUAUUAACACUUUUCGAAGCGAGGGUCCCCAUCUAACUUAUUUAUUUUCGGAAUUUUCGGUUCGACCUAACUACUUUAAAUAUCAAUGUUUUUAAAAUCCAAUGCAUUUCUUAUUUGGCUCAUCUUAUGCACUUCAACAUAGUGACAUAAGACUAUAUGGAUGGCUAUGCCUGUCGACUAUGAAAUCACAUAAAUUUUUUCUCGUUCAUUAAAAAAUGUCCUCUACAGUUUUAAAAUGUACCUAUAUUUUAUUAAUUUUCUCACUUAAAAUACUAUUGAUUAUACACUAUAUAAUCAUUAUUCACUACUUUUUAUCCCUACUAUUCUAAUGUGUUAAGCAUUGAUAUUAUUGUAACUAUUGCAAUUUUUACCCAUUUUAUUAGUAGGCCGUGGCUGUCAUCUAAAAGUGGAGUUAAUCAUUCAAACUAAAACGGUUGACUGCAAAAUAAUUUAAGAAAUAUUGGACUAAAACUAAGAAAAAUUGGAUUCAGAAAAUGGAAAUGUCUUUAACUCCGCCACAAGUGAAAAAUCUGCUAAAAUUGCUGACUUUAUUGCUAGAAAAGCUAUGAAAAUUGUAUAUGGCGGCGUAUGAAUCUCUCUUAAAUUGGAAACAGAAAAAACACAAAAUAGUAUUUGGAAUUUGUUAUGUUGGUGUAUUUUAGAGGCCUAUUCACAAAGAAAUCCCCGACACUAUGGACCACACAUAAUACAACUUAUUCAUAAAACUGAUUUUUAAGCGUUUCAAAUAGACAAUGGAUCAUAUGGGUCAUUCUAUAAUUCCAAAAAAGAAAUGUAAUUCACUACCAGCCAAUAUGUGUUAUAAUGGCAUUGAUAUAGAAACUAGUGCCGCUAUUGCAUCUGCUUCUGUCAACUAUUUUAGUGAAUCAUUUUUAGACAACCCUGUAAAUGUUUUUCCCCCUUAUUUGAUGUUAUUUCUCCUAACGAUGCUUUGGUAAGCCCAAGGUCUCCAAAGACGACGUAAUCGAGUCCAAGACAAAUAUGACUAUGGGUACAGAUAAUGUUCCUGCGUUUAUUGUUUGUGAUGGUUUAUUUGUUUUUGCCAAGCCGCUUAGUAUCAAUCUGAUAAUGUUUUUCUCGAGAUAUAAAAAAAUUCAAAAACUGUCCCGGUGUACCAAAAGGGCAACAUAAAUGAUAUUACAAAUUAGAGACCAAUCGCUAUUAUCUGCAGUAUUCAAAAUCACUGUUACCAAAACUCAAUUUAUCAGCGAAAUAUUGGACCGAGGUGAUCAGAUAGAUGUGAUCUACACUGACUUUACAAAGCAUUUGAUCGCCUUAGUCAUCCAAUUUUGUUAUCCAAUUUGAAUAUGUUGAAUUUACCUGACAAUGUACUAUAUCUCCUUAGUUCCUAUUAAAGUAAUCGUUCCCAUAAUAUCCUUAUUAGUGGUGUUAAAUCUAUCUUUAUAUUUUAAGUACUACAAGGUUCCAUUUUAGAUCCAUUAUGCUUUAUAAUAUUCAUUAACGAUAUUUAUAAUAAUGUAAAUGUACAAUAUUUACUCUAUGCUGAUGACCUGAAGCUUAUUUCAAAGAUUGAUAACAUCAAUGACUGUGCGUUACUGCAAUCCGUUAUGAACUAAAUUCACAAUUGGUGUAUAAAUAAUAAUCUUACGUGUAAUCCUUCAAAUUGCAACGUGUUAUGUCAUAUACGCGAAAGGUUGAUUGAUACGAUUACAAUAUAGGAGGAGUCGUCCUGCAGAGACCUGACACGAAUAAAAACCUUGGCGUUGUAUUCGAUUCAAAACUAUCAUUCGUUAAUCAUCUUGCCGUAACUGUCGCUCCAUCUUCCGGUCUAUCAAAGAUUUUAAUAAUCCAGAUACUUGCAAAUUGUUGUUCAAUACCCUUAUUAGGUCCAAGCUUGAAUAUGCCUUAGUAAUAUGGUCCCCUAAUUAUAAUUCGCAUGUCUUAACUUUAGAAAAGAUUCAGGGACGUUUUAUUAAGAGUCUUCAUUAUUAUUUUCAUGGAACCUACCCCGAGAGAAGAUAUCCACAAGAACAGCUUUUAGCAAUAUUUGGAAUGCAGAGCUUAUUUCAACGUAGAAAUAUAUAUUCAAUAAUUUUCAUUUACAAAAUAGUACACCAUUUAAUUAAAUGCCUUGCUCUGUGUGCUGAGCUUAACUUUUUUUCCUAGAAUCAAUUCUAGGCAUCUGUAUCUGUAAUGUAUGGAGGGUGGGUUACCCCACGGUACUGGCCUCAUUGGGCCCAUUGUGCAUCCUCCUGAGAAGAUAGGCACCUCCUAGCUCGUGAGCCAGUCUACAGAUUUAAUGUGGUUGACAACGUCGCCAUGAGGUGCUUCUCUUAUAUCGGCCGGUGUUAGCCGAUACUCGGCGAACACAAAUCUUCUAAUAAAUGAGAGCGUCGAGCAAUCGUAACGGAUAUGCUCGAUGGUCUCAUCUUCUUGUUUGCACCCUCUGCAGAGUGCGGAUUCUGACAGCCCCAUGAUAUGGAGAUGCUUUCGUACUUGGCAAUGACCAGUCAGAAUGCCUGUGACUAGGUGCAGAUUCUGUCUAGUCGUAGUCAAGUAUUUGUUUGCUGAAGUGUUGUCAGGAUAACUUAAGAGCUUCCUGGCAACUCUGCAGUUUCUUGUUCCAUCCCAUCUUUUCUUGAAUUUCACAAGGGAAUGUUCUUGGAUUAGGUCUGUCACUACCGAUUUUGCCAGGCCAAUAGAAAGGCCAGGUCCAAAAAGUAUUUGGUUGGCUGCUUUCUUGGCUAGUGAAUCAGCAAAACGGUUACCUUUCGAUGUGGCGUGACCUUUAUAAUCCAUCUUAAGGUGGCAUAGCUGCACAUUCAUUUUUUCCACUCCCAGAACAAAUUUACUAUGUCAGUCUCCAUUGCAUCGUAUGCUGUUUACGGUUAAUGACUUAAGUGGAUGUAUAUUUUCUUGUAUGUAAUGUUCUUUUUUCAUAUUUCAACUUUGUUUCUAAUGCGUUAUGUGUGAUUAAUCUUUUUUCCCCACUGGAGUUUUUUUUUUAAGAUUACACUCACAAUCUCGUUAUUUAUAGUUUAACUUUUUAAUGUGUUUUUCCCUAUUUGUUGUAUUAUAUACCCAUAAUGUUUAUUAAUGUAUAUUGCGCGUUCUGGAAUGGGCCUUAGCCGUCGGAUGUAUGAUUAAAUAAAUAAAAUAAAUAAGGGUGAUGGUAGAGGUACGACUUCCGUCAGAAUGGGAGAAUCGUUAAAAAGCAAAUUGGAAAUACAAUCCAAUUUGAAAAGUAUUUUAUUCAAAUUAAUUAUCUAUAUUAUAUAUAAUACAUAGUUUUUAUAUUAAACGUUCCUUUUUUUCUGCAGUGCAUUAAAACAUGAUAGUAUUUCGAAGAUAAACAAUUUUCUUUCGUCGCCUUUGGCUUGAAUUCUAAUCUAUAAUAUAAAAAUUUCCUCUAAAACGAAAGAUAUGGUAAUAAUUUAAUUUUUUACAAAUUUGAUCCAUCUUGACCAUAAUUCUCCAAAACUAUCAUUUUACAUCCAAAUAAAACGUUUUACAAGAAAAUAAAACACUACAUAAACGUUAUGUAAACAUCAACACAAAACUAAAAUAAUAUAUUACUGUCAACAAUUUAUAAUGCCCUUUCGUUUCUAGAUAAUUAAUUUGGUAAUAAUUAUAUUAAAAUAAAACCAAAAUAUACUAUGAACAUUUUUAUGUGAAAAUCUUAAUUAAAGUAUUUUUUAAAAAUUGAGAAAAAAUUUGAAAAUAAUUGUAUUAAAAUAUCAAUAACUGUGAUUUUUUAUGUAUCACUAAUAUUGCUUUAUUGAAGAACAAAAAAUUUUAUAUGGAAAUGUCAACAGUGUGUAAGAGAACAUGAACUUUUUCCUCAACUCAUCUUAGAUUGUGACUUAAUAUUGGAGCCAGACAAUUAUGUCCCUAUUCCUUCUAUAUUUAUUAUGUGGACCAAUUAGUCAUCAAGUAAUAAAUCUAGAAAACUAUACAAAACUACGAAAAAGUUUUCAACCUCAAAAAGCUAGUACUUUCUCUGGAGAAAAUAUGAAUGAUUUUCUAAAUAAAACAUCAGAUGCCAAAUACCUUGAACAAAUGGAAAGAUAUUAAGGUUUUUCUAUUUAUAUUACAAUAACUAGGUAUUUUUAAGGUUAAUGGCAAUAAUGCUAAAUAUACUAUUACCCAUAUUUUUUUUGAAAUGUGUAAAAACCAUCAGUAAUCGACAAACUCAUGCUGGAGGUGAUUUGCUAUUUUUAAACUAUCAAAAGAAGAAUUAUAAUUAAUGAAUUUACCAAAAUGUGAAGAUUCUCUACGUAGUUUAGACUAAAAGUAACUUCAGUCCUUCACAAACUUAAAAAUUCAAAGUUUUAAUACUUCUCUUUCUCUUUAGGUCUUUCAUCAAAAUCAGAUCGUGUUUAGUUUAUGUAAAGCUACGAGUUUGUCCGUGGGGCCCUCAAUCUCUUUAAACUUAAUUAUUUCUUGUGCCUCCAGUGAUACCUGAACAGUAAACUUUAAAUACUUUAUAAAUGGUAAAUUUUGUAAGAAUUUAGAAAUGUUGCUACUAGAACAACAAAAAAGAGAAGCAACUCCACAAUUUACAACUACUAUAUAUGCAAGUUAAUAACUUGUUUGGGUUUUGUUGAAAAUACUUCACUACACCAAGUUUGAAAGGUUUCACAAAGAUUAUUCAUUUAUAACUAGUUUGUUUUUGUUUUAAAUAGUUUUGAAUAUUUUGAAUCAGUAGAAUACUUUUUCUUUUAGUUGAGAAAAUUAAAGGAUGUUCUAUGGAUUCAUUCACAAAAAAAUGUUUCAUUUUAAGUAUCAGUUUGGAUUUAAUUCAGAACUGUACGUCAUUAUUACGGACAUGACUAGUAUUAUCUUUGUCUCUGUCGGUCAUGGUCUAAUGAUGAAAUAUUUUUUUGUAAGUCCACGUUCUAUAAUUUAAAAGUAAAAAAUUCAAGGAAUAAUCUUACAAUCAACGAUGGUGAAACUAUUUCAUUUUACAUUUCUUCAAUGAAAAAUUUGUGUCACAAAUCAGAAUUUUGGUUGGAAUUUCUAAAAGAAAUCUUUGUAAUCUUUUAUGUAUUUUAAAUAUUUUUCGCUUAAUUUUUCACUAUUGUCCAAAAUAUUCCUGUUAAUACAAUGGGGAAGUUUCGAAAAAGGCAGACGUCUUCUGAACUUCCGAAGGUUAGAUGCAUUACUUUAAUUAUGUUUUUUUCGUUUAAAAACCUAUGGAUUUCUCUCAGGCAAAUUUCAAUGCAAAAUUUCUGUCACAAAUCAGAAUUUUAGUUGGAAUUUCUAAAAGAAAUCUUUGUAAUCUUUUAUGUAUUUUAAAUAUUUUUCACUUAAUUUUUGACUAUUGUCCAAAAUAUUCCUGUUAAUACAAUGGGGAAAUUUUGAAAAAGGCAGACGUCUUCUGAACUUCCGAAGGUUAGAUGCAUUACUUUCAUUAUGUUUUUUUCGUUUAAAAACGUAUAGAUCUCUCUCAGGCAAAUUUCAAUGCAAAAUUUCUGUCACAAAUCAGAAUUUUGGUUGGAAUUUCUAAAAGAAAUCUUUGUAAUCUUUUAUGUAUUUUAAAUAUUUUUCACUUAAUUUUUGACUAUUGUCCAAAAUAUUCCUGUUAAUACAAUGGGGAAAUUUUGAAAAAGGCAGACGUCUUCUGAACUUCCGAAGGUUAGAUGCAUUACUUUCAUUAUGUUUUUUUCGUUUAAAAACGUAUAGAUCUCUCUCAGGCAAAUUUCAAUGCAAAAUUUCUGUCACAAAUCAGAAUUUUGGUUGGAAUUUCUAAAAGAAAUCUUUGUAAUCUUUUAUGUAUUUUAAAUAUUUUUCACUUAAUUUUUCACUAUUGUCCAAAAUAUUCCUGUUAAUACAAUGGGGAAAUUUCGAAAAAGGCAGACAUCUUCUGAACUUCCGAAGGUUAGAUACAUCAUUUUCAUUAUGUUUUUUUCUUUUAAAAACCUAUAGAUCUCUCUCAGGCAAAUUUCAGUGCAAAAUUUGUAUCACAAAUCAGAAUUUUGGUUGGAAUUUCUAAAAGAAAUCUUUGUAAUCUUUUAUGUAUUUUAAAUAUUUUUCACUUAAUUUUUGACUAUUGUCCAAAAUAUUCCUGUUAAUACAAUGGGGAAAUUUUGAAAAAGGCAGACGUCUUCUGAAUUCCCGAAGGUUAGAUGCAUCACUUCCGUUAUGUUUUUUUCGUUUAAAAACCUGUAGAUCUCUCUCAUGCAAAUUUCAAUGCAAAAUUUUUGUCACAAAUCAGAAGUUUGUUUGGAAUUUCUAAAAAAAAACCGUUUCAUCUUUUUUGUAUUUAUAAUAUUUUUCUCUUAAUUCUGUACUAUAUAUAUUCAUACAAAUAUUGUCCGAAACAUUUCUAUUGAUGCAAUGGGGAAGUUUUAAAGAAGGCAGACGUCUUGAUGCACUACUUCUUCUUCUAAACUUCCGAAGGGUAGAUGCCUCACUCUAAUAAAGAAAUAUUUUUUGUAGUUCAUGUUUUAUAAUUUAAAAGUAAGAAAUUCAAGAACUUAUUAUAUAAACAACGAUGGUAAAACUAUUUCAUUUUACAUUUCUUCAAUGCAAAAUUUGUGUCACAAAUCAGAAUUUUAGUUGAAAUUUUUAAAAGAAAUCUUUGUAAUCUUUCAUGUAUUUUAAAUAUUUUUCAUUUAAUUCUUCACUAUUGUCCGAGACAUUCCUAUUAAUACAAUGGGGAAGUUUCGAAAUAGGCAGACGUCUUGUGCACUACUUCUUCUGAACUCCCGAAGGGUAGAUGCCACACUUCCAUAAUGUUGUUUUCGUUUACAAACCUAUAGAUCACUCUCAGGCAAAUUUAAAUGCAAAAUGUAUGUUACAAUUAGAAUUUUGAUUGGAAUUUCUUAAAAAAAUCGUUGUAAUCUUUUAUGUAUUUCUAAUAUUUUUCAUUUAAUUCUUCACUAUAUAUUGUUAUGGUAAAUUUUUCAUUUUUUAAAUUAAAGUAAAUUUCACAUAUUGAAAAUUAUGCAGUAUUAUAAUAAUUUGAUUUUGAAACGGGCUUUGAAAAAUGGGAGAUGGAUUUUGAUAUAAAAAAAAAAGAGUUGUCAAUUUUGAAAUUUGGAAAAUGUCAGUAAUUUAAAAAAAAUAGGAUUGUAAAUUAAAAGGGAUAAGAAUCAUUUAAAUAAGCAAACUUGAAGAUAUUUUGUAAAGGAUUAUAAGAACUAUAAACAUGUAUAAGAAAAUAAAGAGUACAUAGAAAGAUGGUAGGCGAAUAAUGUAAGACCAGAAACCCAAGAAAAAAGGAGACAAUAGUAGCAGAGACAACAGAGACGUGUAACUUAAUAGGAAAAUAUGUUCGGUGGUCCAUUUAAAUUACAUAUAUGACCCUCUUUUUCUUUUACAUUGACCUUUACAUAUGUCUAUCUCUCUCCAAUAAAACUAACACCAUUUUCAGAGGGCGCUGGUGUUGCUGGUUUUUUGACGUCGAAAUAUCGAUUAAAACUGACAACUGACAAUGUUAUGAAUGUUGUUAUGAACAUGUGCAUUUUAUUAAAAUUAAUUUAAUUUGGGCCCGUAUAUUUCUUUGAGUCUGAUUUUGUUGUUUAAUUAAUUUUCUUUGGGGGGGAAUGUUUAUUUUUGCAUAUUUUUUUUGCAUGAAGCAAUUUCUGGAACCAAACUCGCGUUUUUGUACACAUUUCUUUCUAGAGGUAAGUAAUUUCCAAUUUAUUAAGAAAACCACUGUAUAAUGUGUGUGUUUAAUAAUAUAUUACAUAAUGACUAUAAUUAUUUUAGGUGAAUUGGAACAGAGAUCCAUUGUUACAGCUACUUGUGUUCAUUAAGUAGGUAGAUGAAUGUCUGGACAGCUUUAAUGGUAGCACAAAGUUCCUACCUAUCUACUAGAAAAGUAAAAUGUAUGCUGAAUAAAAAAUCUGUACAUGUAGUAUUGGCAAAGGACUUUUGAAAUGAUUAGAGAUUAGCUAUUUCUUACAUACACCUACCUCUAACAGCCACUCUAAAGGAAGAAAAAAACAUUGAAUCACAAAAGGGCAGAAUUUUAAAUCAGGAUGCAUUGGAAAAUAAAUUUGGGGACAUCAGGUCGGUUCUGGAUUUUAUAGAGAGAUCAAUCUCAAGAAAAGUUAAUUUAUCCUGCAGAACAACCAGUAGUUUAAGUAGGAUUUGGUAUAACUUUAUUAGAAGAUUUCCUUGAUAAUAAAUUGUAAUAUAGGUACCAAUUGUUUCAAAUCAAAAAAAAGUUAAAUUCAAAAUUAGAUUUUUCAUGGGUAAAAUGUUUUAUUCAUUCAAAAAUUGUAAGGUAAUCUAUAAUUAAGGGAAUAUGGAAAAUAGGUAUACCCUGGUGGUGUAAGAGACAGGUAAGGGGCAAUGACAAAAAAAUUACAAAAAUGUAUUCAUCUUUAAAUAGUGUUUAUUAUUAAUAUUAUUUGCUAUGUUUGAAAAGUACCUCCUGUUGCAGAACAGAUCGAAUAGAUUAGACGACUAGUUGGAGAAGGUUCACCUAGUAACCAAAUUAGGAGACUAGGAAAACUUUUACAUGACUGGGGACACAACAAGAAUGCACACCCACAAGAUACACAAACGAAAAAACAGGGGUAAGCCUUCAGCAACGUCCUGUUUAAAUGAUAGUAUGUCAUCCUUCAUUCCCUUUUAGACUCAGGCCUUAUACAUUUGUGUUGAGUGUAUGUGUGUGUUUGUUUUGUUUCCAUGGUUUCUAUUAAAAUAAACAGUCAUAACAUAUCGAUACCUUUUUGCCAGACUAACAUAAGCGACAUUUGUUCAAAUGUCAAAUGUUACAUUAGUUUUUAAAUAUAUUAUGAAUAUUUAACAACUGUUACUUUGUAAUUUGUCACAAAAUUAUAGGAGGUACUUUCUG